AUGGAGGCAGAAGAGCGGCCUAUGAAGAGGCGUCGGCUGAGCGAAGAGGAAAAACGAAGCGGCGACGUUGUUCAGCCAGAUUCACAACCCACGACCAACUUCAUCAGCCCUGAUGACGGGGCAAAAGAGGCGCUUCAGGACAUCAAGGCCGACGAGCAUGCCAACGGAAGUGAUGUUCAGAAAUCUGGAGCGGUGGCAUCGGACAAACUAGUUCUAUCGGAAAAUGAAAAAUUGCCACUACCUGCAGCAUCCAUUCCAGGCUCACUCGACAAACCGGAUGACCCACCGAUGUCGAAGAACCAAAUGAAGAAACUCCUCAAAAAGCAAGAAUGGGAGGCCAAGCGUGAAGACCGAAAGGCAUUCCGCAAGGAGAAGAACGUCGCCAAGCGCGAACGCCGUCGUGAGGAACGAAAGCAGCAGCACCAGGAGGCCGUCGACAGUGGCCGUCAGCUAACUCCACAGCCGCUUGUGCAGAAGACUAAACGACAGAGACCGGUCACGCUUCCGACCACGAUCUUGUUCGACUGUGACUUCGACGACCUGAUGCGGGAUAACGAGCGAGUGUCGCUCGCGGCCCAGAUCACCAGGAGUUACUCGGAUAACAGGAAGUCGAUGUUCCGUGCGCACCUCGCUGUUUGUUCGUUCAACGGUAAGCUGAGGGAGAGGUUCGACACCAUUUUGACCCAUUAUAAGGGCUGGAAGGCAAUGCGUUUCUUGGAUUGCGACUUUGUGGAAGCGGCAGAGAAGGCGAAGGAAUGGAUGGCAGACGAUCAGCAUGGCGGGAGGUUGGCUGGGACGUUCUCCACGCUUGUGCCGGACAAGGAGGAUAGUGGUGAAGAUUCGAAGCAAGAUCACGGCGAAGCCAUCGCUAAACUCAAGGAUGCCGGCGAGAUCGUCUACCUCACAUCUGAGUCUGAGCAUACCCUCACCGAACUCAAACCGUACAGUACGUACAUCAUCGGCGGCCUCGUCGACAAGAACCGUGAGAAGGGCAUCUGCUACAAGCGUGCCAAGCAGAAAGGUAUCAAGACUGCCCGGCUGCCGAUUGGUGAAUUCAUGGAAAUGCAGAGUCGGAAGGUGUUGGCCACGAACCAUGUCAAUGAGAUCAUGGUGAAAUGGUUGGAGUGUGGAGAUUGGGCGGAGGCAUUUAUGAAGGCUAUUCCGGCGCGAAAGGGGGGUAAAUUGAAAGGUGGUCAGGACGAAGAUGAUGCAGCUGAACAUGACCAAGGCGGUGCCGAAGGAGACGACGAUGCUGAAGACCAAGAUGAUGGUGUUGAGAUUGCAGAAGAAGAAGCCGAUGGAAGCGUCGGACCCUCUGUCCUCGGGGACGAGCCUCAGUCGCACGGUAAUAACGAGGCUUCAUGA